GGAAGGGAGAGAGAUAGAGAGUCAUACCACAGACACUUGAUUUUUCGUUCAUAUGAGCCACAAGCAGCCCCUCCAUUGUUCAUCACCUCUGGGAUGAACCACAGACCGCCAGGUGUUCAUCAUAACAGCCGACCUGUGGGUUACACCGAUAGCCCCAGGGCUCGGAGCCGUGACAACCUGCUCAUGUACGAUGACUUUGGAGAGGAGAACUGUUGCUCUGGACGAUGCCUCAGCCACAGCAGCUCUGAGAAACAGCUCAUGGCUCGCCUCACUGCUGUUAAACGACGCCAGGCUCUUCGUGGCCCUGCCUACAUGUUCUCUGCUCCUUCAAUCAGCCCAUCAGAGGUUGAGCAACGUUUCCUGGAGGCAGCUGAGUAUGGCAACAUACCGGAGGUGCGGCGCAUGCUGCUCCAUGUGCCAGAGUUGAACGUCAAUGCUGUUGACUACAUGGGCCAGAAUGCUUUGCAGCUGGCUGUAGCCAACGAACAUCUGGAGGUGACGGAGCUGCUGCUGGUGAGGCCGGAUUUGGCCAGAGUGGGUGACGCCCUCCUGUUAGCCAUCAGUAAAGGUUAUGUUCGUAUCACAGAGGCCCUAUUGAGUCACCCGGCAUUUAGAGAUGCCCAUCGUCUGACAGCGAGCCCUGCUCAAGUUGACAUGUUGGAUGACUUCUACGCUUAUGAUGAAGACGGGACGAGGCUAUGUUUAUUUGUGUGUGUACAUUCCCACAGGUUCUCUCAUGAUGUUACUCCAGUAAUCCUUGCAGCGCAUUGCCAGGAAUAUGAGAUAGUUCACACCCUGCUCAGUAAAGGGGCUCGCAUUGAUCCUCCUCAUGAUUACUUCUGUGGCUGCGACUCCUGUAACUACCAGCAGCAGUUUGACUCCUUCAGCCACUCAAGAUCAAGGAUCAAUGCCUACAGAGGACUCGCCAGUCCUGCUUACCUCUCCCUGUCCAACGAGGACCCGGUGCUUGCAGCCCUGGAGCUCAGCCACGAACUGGCCAUGCUGGCUAAUAUUGAGAAAGAAUUUAAGAACGAGUACUGCUGUCUGUCCACCCAGUGUAAGGACUAUGUGGUGGGCCUUCUGGAUCUGUGUCGCAGCACCGAGGAGGUGGAGGCCAUACUGAGCGGAGAAACUGAUUCUGAAGACAACUAUAAUCUACCAGGUCGCCCCUCCCUCACACGGCUCAAAUUAGCCAUCAAGUAUGAACUCAAAAAGUUUGUGGCUCAUCCUAACUGCCAGCAGCAGCUGCUGAGUAUCUGGUAUGAGAAUCUGCCUGGCUUGAGACAACAAACCACUGCUGUCAAACUGCUGGUGGUGCUGGCCGUGGCUAUAUGUCUGCCUGGACUGGCUCUGGCUUACUGGGUGGCUCCAUGCAGCAGAGUGGGGAAAGUCAUGCGUAGCCCCUUCAUGAAGUUUGUGGCCCAUGCCUCAUCCUUCACCAUUUUUCUGGGUCUUCUGAUCCUGAAUGCUGCCGACCGUUUCGCAGGCACCACGCUGCUGCCAAACAUGACCCACCAUCAGCUCCCAGGAGGAUCCCAACUCGACCCGCUGCUGCUCUACCGCAUGACCACAACACCCUUCACGUGGAUGGAGAUGCUCAUUAUUUCAUGGGUCAUGGGUAUGAUCUGGACUGAGGUGAAGGAGAUCUGGAGUCAAGGGCCGGGGGAGUACCUGGUCGAACCGUGGAACUUCCUGGACUUUGGAAUGUUGGCGAUCUUUCUUGCCUCCUUCAGCUGCCGCUUCUCCACUCUGAGACAUGCUGCCUUAGCCCAGACCUAUGUACACACACACUACACAACACUGAUUAAUGUCACGCUGCCCCCCGAGAUACACUACUUUACACUGGCACGGAUCUACUGGUUGCCGUCAGAUCCCCAGCUGGUGUCGGAGGGCCUAUAUGCGGUGGCGGUGGUGCUGAGCUUCUCUCGGAUUGCUUAUAUCCUCCCAGCCAAUGAGAGCUUUGGCCCACUGCAGAUCUCUUUAGGGAGGACCGUCAAGGACAUCUUCAAGUUCAUGGUCAUCUUCAUCUUGGUCUUUCUUGCGUUCAUGAUCGGCAUGUUCAACCUGUACUCUUAUUACCUGGGGGCGAAGCAGAAUGAUGCCUUCACCACCCUGGAGGAGAGCUUCAAGACGCUGUUCUGGGCUAUAUUUGGACUGUCUGAGGUCAGGUCUGUUGUGAUCAAUAAUGGACACAAAUUCAUUGAGAACAUUGGUUACGUGCUGUACGGGGUUUACAACGUCACCAUGGUUAUUGUGCUGCUCAACAUGCUCAUCGCCAUGAUCAACAGUUCCUUUCAGGAGAUCGAGGAUGAUGCUGAUGUUGAGUGGAAGUUUGCUCGGGCCAAACUCUGGUUCUCGUACUUUGAGGAGGGAAGGACGCUUCCUGUGCCCUUUAACCUGGUCCCCAGUCCAAAAUCUAUUCUGGGUCUGGCUAUGGCCAUCAAGUCCUUGCUCCUGCAGUAUGUGGUAGGACACAGUAUGGAAAAAACUGCGACACAGCUCAAUCAGCUCGGAGAAGAAAAGACUUCAGGAUUUGGUGCUUCUACAAUUCCAACCAGAUAUCAGAAGAUCAUGAAGCGACUGAUAAAGCGUUACAUCAUCAAAGCCCAAGCAGACAGAGAGAGUGACGAGAUAACUGAAGGUGAGCUGAAAGAGAUCAAGCAGGACAUCUCCAGCCUGCGGUAUGAGCUGCUAGAGGAAAAAUCCCAGAACACGGAGACACUGGACGGACUGCUGAGGAGGCUGGGAGAGAUCGGUACACCUUCAUAAUAGCACUGCCAGUCACCCUGACGUGUACAUUUAACUGUACAGCUCAAAGAGUUUUAAAUUCUUAAAUGCCUGCUCUCCAUCACUGAAUGUAGAUACAGUACAGUAGUGAUAAUACAACAAUGAAUGUGUGUAUACGAAUAUAUAAUUAAACUGUAGCUUGCUGAUAGAAUGA